UUCAAGACGGGCAAGUAUAUAAAGCUUUUGUGUAGAAUAAAAAGUCAAAACGGGCGCUCCAGGUGUUGCCUCGAACUCAACAUCCAGAAACAUGGCGACUGCGGCAGUACAGCAUUCCCCUGCUACCGGGCCGGGUACAUUCGUCGAGCCACGUGCUGCCGAAGUCAAACCGGCGAAGCAUAAUGUUGCAACUGUCUUGAAUUAUUAUGAUGAUCCUGGCGAUGGGACGCCUCCAGCCCCGUCGUACGCUGGCAAGCCAGAGACUUUCAAGCGUCCGACUGUCGCAACGGAGGUGAUUGUCACCGAUAUCAGUGGCGACGAGAGCAACUACACCCUUGACAGCCACGGCUUCCAGAUCUACCGACACGAGAGCAAGGAGAAGAAAUUUGACGACGACGAGAAGAUCAAGGCCGAAUACUACCCUGAAACCGAGCAACUGUUGAAGGACGCAACCGGAGCCGUCCGCAUCUUCAUCUUCGACCACACCAUCCGCCGCAACACGAAUGACAAGCGUGAUCCGCAGGAAUUCCAGCUUCGGGGCCCGGUCCGCCGCGUCCACAUCGACCAGUCGUAUUCCGCGUCCGAGAGCAGAGUCCCCUUCCACCUACCGGACGAAGCCGACGAGCUUCUCCGCAAGCGGUUCCAGAUCAUCAACGUCUGGCGGCCGAUCAAGACGAUCUACAAGGACCCCCUCGCGGUGGCGGACGCGCACUCGGUCCUGGAGUCGGACCUCGUGGCCUCGCCGCUCAUCUACCCAACCCGCAGCGGCGAGACGUACGAGGUCAAGGCGAACCCGGCCCACCGCUGGUACUUCAAGUACGGCCAGAGCCCCGCCGAGGUGACGCUGAUCAAGUGCUUCGACUCGCUCAAGGACGGGCGCGCCAGGCGAGUGCCGCACUCGGCGUUCACGGACCCCGCCGAGGAGGACAAGGACCCGAGGGAGAGUAUUGAGGUUAGGGCGCUGGUGUUUUAUGACUACUAAUUGGGCGACGGACGUGUGUGGUCCGGCAUGGCAACUGUGGAAUGGGGAUGAUUGAGGGAGGACUUGCGUCCUGGUAGGGGGUUGGGGAUGAUCAAGUAAGAGAUUGUAAUGCGGCUUUGCGUUAGCUUGUGAUUAAAUGAAGCAUAGCAGCAGCUCCACAGAUCUACCUUUUUUCCCUCCAAGUAAAGAUAUCAGCCUUGGGUUGCCGCUGACGUUGCGGUGUUCGUGAAUAUUGUUUCGCUGGUUGAUAGGAGAGUGGGGGAAUGAUAGCACUGUUUGAACCGUGGCCAUCUCACAUAAUUAAUGGGUUUCCACUAAGAGUGUUGACAACGACCCGUGUGGAUACAGAAGGCUGGAGACAGGGCGUAGACUCGAGUUGUGAAAAUGUGUGAGCCGGAUCCAAUUAUUGGAGUCCCGUCCACAUCAAGUUAAACCUGAC